CAAAUAAAAGUCAAAAUACAAACACCCACACAAGGAUACACAAUCAAUUUAUUUUUCACUUAAAUUUUCUUUCUUCAAUUUCUAAUUAUAAUUAAUUUUAUGUUUAGUUUAUUAUUCACAAAAAUCUAUUAACUAUAAGCUAUAAUAAAAUUGAGUUAAUCAUCUCUAACAAUGUCUUCAUCACCAACUCCUCUAUCUGAAACAAAACACACAUCAAAACCUACUUCCAAUGAACGUACCACAUCUACAUCAUUUUCUUCUGCUUUAAUCGAUGACCCAGCCUCACAAGUAGAUGCUCGCUACGAAUGUCCAAUUUGUAUUCAUUGGCUAAAUGAACCUGUCUUAACAUCGUGUGGUCAUAGAUUCUGUAAAUCAUGUAUCGAAUCGUGGCUACAAAACGAAAAUCAAUGCUGUCCCCUUGACAAUAAGAAAUUAUCCACUGAACAUGAUGUUUUUCCAGAUAAUUUUACUCGCCGUGAAAUCGAUCAAAUCAAAUGGAAAUGCCCAAAUAGUCCUCUUGGUUGUAAUUGGAUAUCUUCACCGAUUGAAGUUGAUAAACAUUUGUUAGAAUGCUCAUAUCAACUACCAUCGCCUGUUGAAAAAAGAUGUCCCUUCGUAUCUGUCAAUUGUCCAUUUAUGGCCACAGAAGAUGGUCUUGGUGUCGGAGAACACAUCCGCCAAGAUAUGCAACAACAUAUGAAUCUACUUUUGGAAGCUAUGCAAAAGCAUUCACUCGCACAAUGGAAUCCACCCCAGAAAACAUUCAAUAAUGGACAUUUGGCAUCUGCUCUGCCCCCACCACCAGCUCAAUAUGCUAACGAAGCUGAUGAGAACUUAAUCACAGCGAUGUACCAAAGAAUUGUAGUUUUGGAACAGCGAUGUCGAGAGCAAGAUGUUAAGAUUGAAAAUCUCACCAAACAAUUGGUGGCACGUGAAAAAUGCGAUCACUCCAUUGACCCACGAUAUAGCAAUGGAGUGAUUGUAUGGCAAAUCUCAAACUUUACUUCUUUGGUUGAACAAAUGCAAUCAAAUGCUAAUAUGCGAUUUUAUAGUGGCGAAUGUUAUACAUCGCCAAAUGGGUAUAAAUUUUGUGCCCGUAUCAAUGCUCACAAAAGGGAACAUUUAAGUUUACAUGUACAUUUGAUGCAUUCGGAAAAUGAUUAUCAUUUGGAUUGGCCAUUUAAUGGACGUUUGAAAUUUUGUAUGGUUCAUCCGAAGAACCAACAACUCUCCCAGCAUGACACAAUAAUGUCAAAAUCUGAUUUUCUAGCAUUCCAUCAACCAAAAGAGCGCAUGAGCCCGAGAGGAUUUGGAUUUUUGGAAUAUGCGCAUAUCACAGAGAUAUUCCGUAAGGGAUUUAUUGAAAACGAUAGACUGGUCAUUAAGAUACAAAUAAAUAUUGUUUAAGGAAUGUAAGUGAAUUCAGUUGUGAAAUAUGUCGAUGAGCCAAAUUACAAAACAAAUUUAUCUAGGCAGGUAUAUAUUUUUUUUUUUUUUUGAUAUUACAAAAUAUUUAUUGUAUGAAUUUUUGAAACCUUUUUUGAAAUUAUUUUAAAGCUCUACAAACGAGUAUAAUAUACAUGGAAUAUGUAUAAAAAAUAUUAAAAUAAGUUUUCUAAUCUAUCUCUUCUUCAAUACUAUAAUUCAAGGCAGUGGAAGGAAACUUUGAGUUGUUUUAACAUAAUCAAAAAACAAAGUUCAAAAAAUCUUAUUUGUAUUAUUGCACCAGAAAUAUUUUGGUCGCUUCUAUCCAGCUGCUCCCACAACAACUAUAUGGAGCUUAUAUCCGAUGUUUGCGGCAGCCAUUAUCAUUGAAACCGGCUUAUUCCGUGUUGUAUUUAUAUCGUUAUUCGGGUUUCUCCUAUUUCGUUUGCUUGCCGUUACUUUAAACAGAUCCUCCUGUUUAGUUGUGAUGAUCGUGACCAGUCAAGAAAUGGGAUAAACAGCAAAGAUCUAAAGACGCUUCACUGCUGCAUACCACUUUAACUGGGAACUCUUCGGGGACUCCUGCUGGGCAUCUGACCUUCGUCUUACUUUAACAUCCGUGGAUUCCGGAACCCUUCGCUGUCUUAUAUCUCGUGGUUGUCCAUCGAAUGCGUUUUCGAAAUCAACUAGCACAAUAUGCAAAUCAAUUGAGAAAUGACUAUGUGUUAUCGCAGUUUCGUAGAUCUCUUUUCCCUUUGAAAAGGAAGCUUUCUCUCCACUAAAAAGUCUUAAGCUACCUAGAUCCGAUGCCGCUAAUAUUUUUCCAGAACUCAGAGGGUAUUUCGAGUGGACUAAUGGUUUUUUUUCUUUAAAUUUUUCACCGUCACGCUAACUUUUUCGACUGUGACCACUGGUACUUCUUCUAAAUUAAGUUCGGAACUUAGAAGGUAUAUCCUGACAAAAUGCUCACUUAAAGACCAGUCACAAUACAGUCGCCACCAGUAAAGAAUUUCAUCAUCUUCUACAAGUAUGUAGUUGGCCUAAAACAUCGUUAAUCGCUAUUUGGUGAGCGUUCUUUCUUCUUUGAGCGGCAAUUUUAAAGAACAGCAGCCGGAUCAGAUAUUUCACUAAGCUCGCGAUACAUGCUUUCCGUACUCUCUGCUUUCUGUUGGGAACAUUUCUUUUCGCUUCAAUAUGUACAAGUAAGAUGUUAAAGAAAUUGGUGCAAACGAAAAGCACAGAGUUUAAGGCUGUGAUGUUGUUCACCCAUCUCGUCCUUAUACUAUCAUAGGCGACUCAAUUCGACUAUAAAUCACAGUUUGAACAAUAUUAAUGCUUCAUUGGAAAAGUUGGACAACAAUGCCUACUCAAAAUAUCGUUACGAUAUACUUCCUGUCGCCUCCCAUCUCAGAAUAGAGCUGAAUAAAGGGAAUGCAUAGUUUCACUUUACAACUAAAUGUUGGCUCUACGUGCUUAAAAAAAACUUGGAAAAGUGUUUAUAUACAAGGGUUUUCCAAAAUUCAGUCAAAAACCUAAACUUAAACUGAUCACAACCAAUUGAUUAAUAAAACAACAAAGAUUUUUCUUCCAUUGCCAUAUAAAAAAAAAAAAAACGUACAAUAAAUACAAUUUAGACAAAAGACCAUUCCAGAAUAAUUAUU